AUGAAGAUUUACUAUCACGACGGACUUGAGGGUGAUCAAAGACUGCGCCAUGAUUCUGGCAAAGAAGUGACUGUCGAAGAGCUUGACAAAUUGGCAGUCAAGGCAUAUCAUUUCGAUGACAUUAAGGACGUCGACAAGUUGGCUGAAAGUCGCAACUAUAUUAACAGAGACGUUAUUAAUGUCAGUCCUGAAGCUCUGGGUGGAAAAGAAUCAUAUGAAACCAAGAUUAAGACUUUCUAUACGGAACAUCUACAUGAAGACGAGGAAAUUCGAUAUGUUCUUGACGGUGAAGGCUAUUUUGAUGUCCGUGACAAGUCAGAUAGAUGGAUCAGAUGUCUUCUUACAAAGGGUGAUUUGUUGAUUCUUCCUGCUGGUAUCUACCAUCGUUUUACCACAGCUAGCAAUGAUUACAUUCAAGCUAUGAGACUCUUCCAGGCAGAGCCCAAGUGGAUUCCUCACAAUCGUCCAUGCGACAAUAACGAGUAUAGAGUUGAAUACGUCAAAUCCAUUAGCGUUUAG